ACCUCUUCGACCUCCAUCUCGCCUGGCUCCGUCUUCUUCGCGUUGUGCUCUCAAGGGACUCAGCUAUGUCCAAGACGGUCAAGGAUCUCACCGCGGGCACCGCUGGAGGCAUCGCACAGGUGCUCGUCGGGCAGCCAUUUGACAUCGUGAAAGUGCGUAUGCAGACCGCGCCCGCGGGCACGUACAAGGGCAUGGUGCACUGCGCGGGUGGAAUUUUGAAAAACGAGGGCCCGCUGGCAUUCUAUAAGGGUACCUUGACCCCGCUCCUCGGCAUCGGUGUCUGCGUCUCGAUACAAUUCGGCGCGCUCGAGUGGACAAAACGUCUCUUCGCCCAACAGAACUUGCGCAGCGGUCGCGGAGGUCCUGACGGGAUGAUGCUGUCGAGCGGGCAGCUCUUCUUCGCAGGCUCGUUUGCAGGUCUCGCGAACGGCGUCGUAUCAGGCCCCGUCGAGCACAUUCGCAUCAGGCUGCAGACCCAAUCGGCUACAAACCCCGUCUACUCUGGUCCGUUUGACGCGAUGAAGAAGAUCUGGAGCCAGUACGGCAUCGCCGGAAUCUACAAGGGCCAGGUCGUGACGCUCUGGCGCGAGGCGACCGGAUACGGGAUCUACUUCUGGGCGUACGAGAAGCUUAUGCAGCGCGAGAUGCAGCGGAAGGGCAUCCGGCGGGACCAAGUGAAUCCCGCGAACGCGGUGCUCUUCGGUGCCGCGGCCGGAUACGCCCUCUGGGCGGUCAUAUACCCCAUAGACAUGAUCAAGUCCCGCAUGCAGACGGACGGCUUCUCGGCUGCCGACGGACAAAAGUACAAGUCCACCUUGAAUUGCGUACGCACGGUGUGGCGGACAGAAGGCCUUCCCGCGUUCACACGGGGACUCACACCCACCCUCAUUAGGUCGCCGUUCGCAAACGGCGCCACGUUCCUUGGUUUCGAGCUCGCGAGCCGCGCUCUCAACAGCCUAUGGCCAUAAUCCUGAAGCUAGACCUCGGGGAUACCUCAUACCUAGAUAUGCAUAGGCGACCACGACUACACCACAAUGUACCGUACAUAAUUGCUCUUGGUCACCGGCCCCUCCACGCGAAGGGCCGAGCGGCGUUCGUCUCCUGUCUGCUGGGUUUAGGACAGCCCUUUCAUCUUGUGUAUCACAAUGUCCCGUUCCAAUACGAUCUAGAAC